AAGAAAAGAAACAUCAUGGUGGCUUCCAGCCUGGACGGAACGUCUCCUCCUGUCUGACCUGGGAGGGUUGGAGAGGGAGAAGGAGAAGAAGAAGCUCCUCAUGGAGUCUGUUCAGGAACGGCUGGUUGAGUUUUCACUGGAGGCUCACGAUCUUUACCUGAACAAAUCUGUGCCACACUUGGAGGGACCGCCUGAGCCGCUGCAGUUCUACCGAGACUGGAUCGGCCCGAACAAGCCCUGCAUCAUCCGUAACGCCUUCAGCCAUUGGCCAGCUCUGUCCAGGUGGACACCAAAAUACCUCAGGGAGAAGAUCGGGUCAAAGGUGAUCAGCGUGGCAGUGACUCCUAACGGCUACGCUGACGCCGUGGCGGGGGAUCGCUUCGUCAUGCCUGAGGAACGACAGAUGAGCUUUUCUUCUGUGCUGGACAUAAUAGAAGGAACGGUGCAGAAAACCGGAGUGUUCUACGUCCAGAAGCAGUGCUCCAACCUGCUGCAGGAGCUGCCUGAGCUAGUGGAUGACCUGGAGCCUCACGUACCCUGGAUGAGCACCGCACUCGGGAAAUCACCGGAUGCAGUCAAUUUUUGGCUCGGAGAAGCAAAUGCUGUCACAUCCAUGCACAAAGAUCCCUACGAGAAUCUGUACUGUGUCAUUUCUGGAGAAAAACACUUCAUCUUGCUUCCACCCACUGACCGACCCUUCGUCCCUUAUGGUCUGUACCAGUCAGCUGUUUACCAAGAGCAGGACGGCGGUGAGUUUAAGGUCAUCGAUAACGUGGACUCACACAAGGUUCCCUGGAUCCCUCUGGACCCUCUGGACCCGGACCUGGAGCGCUUCCCGCAGUACCGGUUAGCCCGGCCUCUUUGCUGCACAGUGAAAGCCGGAGAGAUGCUGUACCUGCCAUCUCUGUGGUUCCACCACGUCCGGCAGUCCCACGGCUGCAUCGCCGUGAAUUUUUGGUAUGACAUGGAGUACGACAUCAAGUACAACUACUUCCAGCUUCUGGAAUCGCUGUCUGAAGUAGCGAACGGUUCCUCGUGACACAGUGGCUGCUCAGUCAUGUCACAGCAACAGAGGAGACUCAGUCCACAGAAAGCAGUUUGGGAACUAUGGAAAAUGGAGCUUAUGGAUUGCAAAACGUAGUGGAACAGCGCCUCCUGGUGUAGUUUGCUGUUCAUGUCAAACUAAAGAUUAAAAAUGUUAUUUAUUCAAUGAACCACCAGGACAUGAGGACAUGAAAUGACUGUCAACUCAUCCUGUUUUCUGAUGUGUCCAUAAAGCUGUGUGUGCUGCUGCUGUUUUAAAGUGUCGUGUUCUCUGUGUGUUUUUGACUAAACCUGUCUUUGUCUCUGCUGCUCCCUGUUUAAUCCUUUUCAGGUUAUAUUCACCAAUCUGUGUGGAACUGCUGUGUGAAAUCGCUAAGAUUUUUGCUGCAUCAAUUUUUUUUCCAUUUGCAAAGAUGUUGGAUACCACCAUCAAACUCUUAUGGUUUGCUACUUUUAAUGUGCCUUAAUUCUUCAGUGUUGGGGGGGUGGGAGAGAGAGAAAAUAACAUUUUUCAAGCUCAAGGUGCCAUUUUAUAAGUUAUAAAGAUGCUGCUUAUAUCAAACACGACUCAAAAGAAAUUUGAUUUCACAAUUUGACCUUGAAUCUUGGGCCUCUAUCACUUUAACUUAAGAGACGGGGUCAUUUGGACCCCACCUGUUUGUUACUCUGCAGAGUGACACUGAUGGUUUUUUGUGUGGUUUUCAGAAACUGGUGGUUUUGACAGUACAACUCCCACUCCCUGACCGUGGCAUUUGCUGCUCUCCUGAGCGUUGCGCUAAGACAGCAGGAGGGUUGCUAUGGA